AUGGAACCAACAAAGUAUUACCAGUUCUCCAUAGAUGAAUGGACUCCCUUGAAUUCUCCCAUUAACAAGGUAUUGAUGGAAAUCAAGAAGGAUCCGCAAUACGAAAGGCCUUAUCCCCUUCACAAUAAGCGUGUGAGGGAAGAAAAUAGAAACAAGUUCUGCGCGUACCAUGAUGCUCGGGGUCAUGUCACCGAGGAAUGCAGAAAUCUCAGAAUCCUUAUCGAGAUGUUCAUAAAAAACAAAAAACUACUCCGUUUCAUAGCAGACAACCAGGGCCAGCCUCGGCAGAAUCAGAGGCCUCAAGAGCAUCAAGACCGAGAGCAGAGACAUAGAGAGCGUUCUCCUCAGAGACAUAAUGAAGAUCACCGAGGCAGAAGAAGGGAGGAACCUCAGCGAGACAGAAGCAGAAGCAGAGGGGCACAAGGUCAUGGACUGCGGAAUGAGCUGGUCAUCGCCGACAUCCGAACUAUAUUCGGAGGUUUUGGCGGAGGGGGAAAGACGAGUGCAGAUAGGAAGGCCUAUGCUCGGUACCAGAAACAUCAGGAGGUGAUGCCUAUAGAGAGACCCCACAAAUCCCACCGAAGGGAAUCUAUAAUGGUGGGGUUUUCAGAUGAAGAUUAUGCAGGAGUUUCACUUCCACAUACCGACGCGAUCGUGGUCACGCUGCAGGUGGCUAACCACCGAAUCCAUCGAAUGUUCAUCGAUAACGGGAGCUCGGCUGAUAUCCUAUAUUGGUCGGCCUUUCGAAACAUGGAGAUUAGCCCGGAAAAGGUGAUCCCGGCUACCUGCCCUUUGGUGGGGUUUGCCGGGGAACAGGUCCUGCCGGUCAGGUCUAUCGAACUCCCUGUGACUGCUGGGGAUUAUCCGACCACAAAAACUAUUAUGGUUAAGUUUUUGUUGAUCGAUAGACCCUCGGCCUACAACGCAAUUAUUGGAAGGACAACGCUUAAUGAUCUGAAAGCGAUCACUUCCACUUCACAUUUGAAGAUCAAAUUCCCAACCGAGAGAGGUGUUGGGGAAGUAAGGGGAGAACAGGGAGUGGCAUGUCAGUGUUACAAUAUAACGCUGAAAGGAGCCCCUUCACGAAGUAGCUGCAGGGAGAAAGGCGAGCAAUAG